CCAAAAAAAAAAAAAAAAAAAAACUCGCGCCGCCGUGUCAGCGAGCCACGCGGCUUUCGUUGUUCGCGUGAGUAUUAAAAAAACUUUUGGUAACUCGACCUCGCGUUUCGACUCGCGUUCCGCACUCGCGGUUACGGUGGGUUUCUUCGUCGGAUUUGCAGGAAUUCUUCGGGAUUCUCGGAAGAGUAUACACACACACACACACACACACACACGCAUACUACCCGCCUGGUCCCGUCCGUCGAUCGCCGCCGCGCCGAGGAAUUCCGUUCGGUGGAGGGAAUUAGGCUAAGAUGUCACAACACAGCGAUGACAACGCCUUCACAGCGACAUCGGAUUCCUUUUGGGAGCCGAACAACUACAAACGUACGACACGUAGAAUCGAGGACGGAUACAAGCUCUGCGACAGCCUCAUAUCGUUGGUUCAGGAACGCGCGGAAAUCGAGAGAAGCUACUCCAAGGCGUUGAAGAACUGGUCGAAAAACUGGAACGAAAAAAUCGAGAAAGGCCCCGAAUACGGAACCACGGAAGCGGCGUGUAAGGGUGUGCUCCUGGAGGCGGACAGAUUGUGUGAUCUUCACAUGAGGAUUAGGGAAGAACUUUGCAACGAUAUUGUGCAACAUAUUAAGACAUGGCAAAAAGACUCUUAUCACAAAUCUAUGAUGACCCUAAAAGAACGAAAGGAGAUGGAAGAGGCGUUCAAAAAAGCUCAAAAACCGUGGGUGAAACUUCUGCAGAAGGUCGAAAAAGCGAAAUCGGAAUACCACAACAGUUGCAAAAGCGAACGAACCGCGGCGACUAUGGAAAGGAACGCCAUGGCAGACAGCUCUCUCUCUCCCGAUCAGAUGGUCCGAGGCACCGAAGGCGUGCGAAAACUACAGGAUAGAGUACACAGAGCAAAAGAAGAGGUGCAAAAGGCAAAAGAAAAAUAUCAGGCGGCGCUCACCGAAAUUACUCAAUAUAAUUCAAAAUACAUGGAAGAUAUGUCGCUGAUCUUUGACAAGUGUCAAGAAAUGGAAGCGCAACGAUUACGAUUCUUCCAAGAAGUAUUGUUCAAAAUCCACAAGUGCUUAAACAUUUCGCAAGAUUCUGAUCUUAGACAAAUAUACGAAGAAUUCCAUCACACGAUAAGUAACGCCGAUUACAAGAAAGAUCUAAAAUGGUGGUCGCAUAAUCACGGCACGCGGAUGGCGAUGAAUUGGCCCGAGUUCGAGGACUACACAGAGGAGUUCCGCGAGAUCACGAAGGGCUCGAAGUCAAAGGAGGCGCUCCCGGCAGGCUCCAUCACUCUCAUCAAUCAACGCCCGUUCGACGAGGAUCUGCAUGAUUAUUCAUCGAUCAACGACAAGUCGAAAUCGAAGUCUGCCAAUCGAGUGUCGAUACCAACCUCGGAUACCAACAAUGCUGGGAGCAGUAAAAACAACACAGCGUCAAGUAACAAACAAUCUCCAGAACACAAUAACGAAGAUAACGUUAAGAAGACUGUUACUAACGGCACUAAUGACAAACAAGAGUCAAAUCCAUUCGAAGAGGAAGAAUGGGAUGACGAGGGUAGCGAUCCACUUGUUGAUAAUGGCGAACCGGGAGUACGAGUACGCGCUUUAUACGAUUACGAUGCGGGCGAAGCGGACGAACUUAGUUUUCGACAAGGAGAUAUAUUUGAAAAAUUAGAAGAACAAGAUUCACAAGGAUGGUGUAAAGGAAGAAAGGACGGCAGAGUGGGUCUUUAUCCGGGCAAUUAUGUAAUGGUGCUGUCGCAAUAGAUUGUAUAAUUAUUGAUUAGUAGAUUAUAAUAAUGAUAAUAAAUUAAAUAUAAUUUU